GGCUCCUCAUAUUCUCUUCUCCCCCAGAUCUUCGGCAUUCUGAAGGCCCCUUUCCGUGACAAGGGGGGUGAGGGCCCCCUGGUGCGACUGGAGGAGCUAUCAGACCAGAAGAAUGCCCCCUACCAGCACAUGUUCCGUCUCUGCUACCGGGUGCUGCGGCAUUCCCAGGAGGAUUACCGCAAGAAUCAGGAGCACAUUGCCAAGCAGUUUGGGAUGAUGCAGUCCCAGAUCGGCUACGACAUCCUGGCGGAAGACACCAUCACCGCCCUGCUGCACAACAACCGCAAGCUCCUGGAGAAGCACAUCACCAAGACCGAGGUGGAGACCUUCGUCAGCCUCGUGCGGAAGAACCGGGAACCCAGGUUCCUGGACUACCUCUCGGACCUGUGUGUGUCCAACCACAUCGCCAUCCCCGUCACCCAGGAGCUCAUCUGCAAGUGUGUGCUGGACCCCAAGAACAGUGACAUUCUCAUCCAGACCGAGCUUCGGCCAGUGAAGGAGAUGGCCCAGUCCCACGAGUACCUGAGUAUCGAGUAUUCGGAGGAGGAGGUGUGGCUCACUUGGACCGACAAGAAUAACGAGCACCAUGAGAAGAGCGUGAGACAGCUGGCCCAGGAGGCGCGGGCGGGCAAUGCCCACGACGAGAACGUGCUCAGCUACUACAGGUACCAGCUGAAACUCUUCGCCCGCAUGUGCCUGGACCGCCAGUACCUGGCCAUCGACGAGAUCUCGCAGCAGCUGGGCGUUGACCUCAUCUUCCUGUGCAUGGCAGACGAAAUGCUGCCCUUUGACCUACGCGCCUCCUUCUGCCACCUGAUGCUGCACGUGCAUGUGGACAGGGACCCCCAGGAGCUGGUCACGCCGGUCAAGUUCGCCCGCCUCUGGACCGAGAUCCCCACAGCCAUCACCAUCAAAGACUAUGAUUCCAACCUAAACGCCUCUCGUGACGACAAGAAGAACAAGUUUGCCAGCACCAUGGACUUUGUGGAGGACUACCUCAACAACGUGGUCGGCGAGGCCGUGCCCUUUGCCAACGAGGAGAAGAACAAGCUCACCUUCGAGGUGGUCAGCCUGGCGCACAAUCUCAUCUACUUCGGCUUCUACAGCUUCAGUGAGCUGCUGCGGCUCACUCGCACGCUGCUGGGCAUCAUCGACUGCGUGCAGGGGCCCCCGGCCAUGCUGCAGGCCUACGAUGACUCAGGCGGCAAGAACGUGCGGCGGUCCAUCCAGGGCGUGGGUCACAUGAUGUCCUCCAUGGUGCUGAGCCGCAAGCAGUCUGUCUUCGGCGCCCCUAGCCUGUCUGCCGGUGCUGGCCCCACGGAGCCGCUGGAUAGAAGCAAGUUCGAGGACAAUGAGGACAUUGUGGUGAUGGAGACCAAGCUGAAGAUCCUGGAAAUCCUGCAGGUGGCUGGGCCGGGACAGUGCUGGGGGGUGCUGGGAAAAGGGCAGGAGAGUGGGCGCCUGGGACGGAGAGGUUGGGAGGUGAGCCCCUGCCCAGAUCACAGUAUCCAGUACUGGAGGGCUCCACGGUGACUUGCUGUGUAGCCC